GCGUUUUGUGUACCCCACAACCUACAUCAUAUCUGACCAGUUUUUGAGUAGCAUAGCUGGACGGAUUCAAUGGAAUUGAAAGAAAACUGGCGGUGGUUGUUUAUUGUGGUGUGUUUGAAAAGCCAUGUCGGAGGAUAUUCAAGAUCCUGGAGGGGCUGUAAGAAAAUUCACUGACAUGGUAUACGACAAGACUGGUUAUUCCCUAUCUGGAGGGAAAGAGUGGAAUUAUAAAUUGCCAAUGAGUGAAAGAAGAAGUAAAAUAUUUCAACACUCUGCAUAUCAAACAGGAUUAUUGCUGUACCAUAAGAAAACUCUCUGGGGAUGUAUUUGAAGUAGAAAUUAAUGCCACUGCUUACAAGUAGUUUGAAAGUAAAAGGGAAGAAUGGAGGAACAAGUCAAAGGGCAAAGUCAUCUGAUGUUCUUUCACAGAGUGAUGGGAAUUUAACAUGCCCAGACAAGUGGCAAGAUCAAGAGAAUGUGACUUUGACUUGUGAAAUUCUAGCUACGAGCGUGAAUUCUACAGCUUGCCCUCAAGGCUCAGGAGAUUUACUGUUUGACUUUAUUCCACCUGCAGGAAGUCAGACAACAUUUUGUAGUAUUUUUUCAUAUCUUAAUGCUGGAUGUAAUGGGAUUUUUAAUGUACGUGGCUGCAGAUGUAGCAACAAGACCAGUGACACUUAUAUUUUUGAGUACAAGUUCACAGCUUCCAGAACUACUUUUGCAGGAGGAAUCUGGAAAUGUAUUCCAUCAUGUUAUGAUUCCAAUUUUGGUUCUACUCCAAAAAAUAUUGAUCCAAUUGGCAAUUGCAUAAAUGUGCAAUUUUUAACAACCACACCAUUAACAACAACUGUGACAACAACAACAAAAGCAGUGACAACAACAGUCACCAAAUCAACAACAUCAGAAGUGAUUUUUGAGGAUACACUUCAUCCAUGUCCUGUUUGUGAUCCAUCUGGUUACUUAAAGUGGUGGCUGAUUCUCAUCAUUGCUGUUGGUGCCAUUUGUCUCUCAGCAUCUUUAAUACUUGUUAUAUUGACUGUACAGUAUUGGAAUCCAAACUAUUUAACCAGAAAAGUAUGGUGGUUUAUUCUUUUGAUGGUUCUUGCAUGCAUCUGCGUCUUGGGCAUCAUAAUUGUUGUGAUUAUUUUGCUGAAAUGGAAAGAAAAACUGUGUUUCAAAAAAACAGAGUUUAGCCCACCAAGGCAGCAACCAAAUAAGAAUGGACAAAACGGCCCAGGGAAUGCACAAAAACCACCAAAGACGCCACCAAGGCCGUUACCAGUGCCUAGCAAAGAUACCUCCAUUGAGCUUAAUUCAGCUACAGAUCUGCCUGUUCCAUCACCUGGAAGACAGCCUUUGCCUCCAAUAUCAGGAAGUGUUCACAACUCACCCACAGCAUGAAAUGAAGUGGUGAUUGUUGCUGCUUUUAAUGUCAGCAACUGAGGCUAUACCAUGGAGUUAGACCAUCACUGUAAGAGGGGCCAUAUACAGAGAGAAAUUAAAUGUGUUGGAACCAAAAUCUGAAACCACAGCCCACAAUCCUCACUGCGUUGGUGACAAAUGCUUUACUGUUGCACAGCUGGAGAUAAAUUCAGUUUUGUUUACUUAAUUGUUUUUAUAGGUAGAUUUUAUGCAUGUGUACCUGUGUAUAAGUUUGUGUAAUAGGAGGGGGAGAUUAUAAAAUAGGGAUGAUGGUUUCUCUUGCCAGCCACAGAGUCUAUAGCCUAUUAUGAGGGGAUAUUUUGGAACACAAUUUGUAACCCUGUUUGUAGCUGAAUAGCUAUGAAUGAGAAGUCAAGCUGCUUUAAUUGCCUGUAUGGACUGUAGAAUUUCUUUUUAAAUGAUUGCAAGCCAAAGGGGGGUUGUAUUUUAUGUUUGUGUUGUAUUUUAGUAUUAAAGUAGUAUUUUAUGUUUAUGUUGCCUUCGUGAUUAUAUGUACUUGGAUGCAUAUCUGUAUAUGUCUGCACACAAAUGAUUUAAGCACACCUCAAUGGUUUUGUUUGUUUUUUUGUUUUUUUUUUGCAACUGUGAUAAUUUUGUUUAGUGUAUCGUUAUAAUUUAAUAUAUAUUUAAAGGAUGCCAUUUUGUGAAGAAGACUGAUAAAGUGAUUACUGAUAAGAAGAAAGCCGUUAAUUUUUUCAGCUAAGCAUAGUCAAUAGCUUUUAAUACUAAAAACUAACAUGCAUGCAAAAUUGAUUUUUGAAUAAGGAGAUUUGAAUUAUUAGAAAAUACUGAUAAAAUAUGAAAGAAGUAUGUUCCAUUUAUUCAGUACAAGCCUUUGAAGAUCCCAGACCUCAUCUUGAUGUUGAAAAGGGGGGUUCCUGACUGGGAAAUACUUCAUUAGCAUAUGCUCAAUGUUCUGGCAUUUGUUCCAGUCAUCAGGGACAUCAGUUAUUUGAAUUUAGGUCAAUCCACAUUUGCUUUUCUUCAAAAAGUUGAUUACAAAUUCUGUGUAACAAACAUAAUGUUAUGUUGACUUACCAGAAGUAUGGGCUUAAAUCUCAAUAUUUUACUCAAAAUGUAUAAUUAAAAAAAAUACAUGUUUACUCAGUGGAUGAGUAAAUCAACUCAAACUCAAAAUGACUAAAGUUAAUCUGCAAGUAAAAUUACUUUUAAGUUCUUGAACAUUCUAAAAAUUCUUGUAUAGGAGUUUUUGUAUGAGAGUCUUUAUUAUUAUGCAUAAUGAUAUAGUGAUAAUGAUAUAAUUAUGCAUAAUGUCAUUUCAUCACAAAAUUUAAAUACAAGAAUGUUCUCUGAUUACAGGCAUUAUAUAGUCAUAUUACAGAUGAUUGUAUAAUUAACUUUUUGGAAGCCUUUUACAUCAAGAAAUGAGCAUAAUUAACACUCAAAAUGAAAGAUACAUGUUACUGGUCAUAAUUACCAAUGAUGCAACAAUUCGCAAGACCGAAUAAUGAUGUAUUUCAGUUCUUUGUACAAUGUAUAAACAUAUUUUUGUAUUUUUAUUUUAUUAAAUUAUGCAUAACUUGACAAUGCACAGCUUGCAAGUUAUUGUGGAAGGACAGAAAAGAUGUUAAAAAAAUUUGAUAUGUAUUCUCAUUAAUAAUCACCAGUAUGUCACCAAUCACAUUUGUACCCGGUCCAAAGGCACAUUCCCGUGUUCUGAUUUUUCAAGGGGUUUUCCCUGUUAUUUCUGUUUUAUAUUUAUGCAACAUUUACAUCUGUAUUAUUUAAUUUAAUGUGUAACAGAAAUUGUGCCAUAUAAAAUAUAAUCACAUAUACAACUGUGUCAAGGAUUCUUCAUACACAUGCAAACAUUCCUGUGAAUGCAGACACAGCCAUGUGUGUACAAAGUUGCAUAUAAUGCCUGCUUAAUCUAUCUAAACUUAUAAAUAUUUAUGGAAAUAGUAUAGAUAUGGCUUUAUUCUAUUAUUUACUGUAAUUUUAUAGUAUUAUUUUCUUUGUCAUUGUAGAAUGCUUUUUGUUUUUUAUGAUCAUCUAGCAAAAUGGUAAAUAUCUGUAAGAAAUUCCCCAGUUCAUUUAGUUUGUUGAUCAGCAAAAAAUAAAAUGUUUUUUCGUCAGUUUUUCAGCAUAUUUUAUAAACAAGGAUGUACACUUUUUCAUUUGCUGGAUUUAUUUGUGUGUGCAUGUGUUUGAGUGACAGAGAGGGUGGGAUGAUUGUAUGCAUGAAAGUGAUCAUAGCUCACUCAUGGCUGACCUAUAUGUAAUAAGUUCUUUAACAGCAAAGCUUUGUUUUCUAAUCAGUUAGCUGGUACAAAGAAAGAUUAAAGGUUAUUUUCAUUAGUAGUAGCUAUAGUCCAUUUAUUAAAACUUGUCCGUUUUACAUACACUAUAUCAAUUUUAAACAUUUUUCAGAAAGUUUCCUGGGUAUCUGUUAAGAAUUUUCCUUUACACUAUAAAAAUUGCAUGAUGUAAAAAGAAAUUUUAAAACAUGACCAUCUCCAGCUUAUGUAAUGAUAAUCUUUGCAAAUAGUGCCUUUUUAUAUUAUUUUCUCUUAAGCAAAUGUUGCGCAGUUCAUAUCUUUCCUGUUUUGUUUCUUAUAUGGGUUUUUAAGUAUGAUACUUUUCAAUUUGACUGUUGAAUAAUCUUAUGUACUGGUAAUUAUGUGAUAAGUGUUUGGUAACUUCUGAAGUAUUCAUCACAGUUUGUAUUAAGUUUUCCCUCUCCUAUUGUAUUUUCCUUAUGGCUUACUGUUUUAUUUUCAUUUAUAAAUAUAUAUUUACUAUUACAUAUCAACGUUUAAUUUUUGUGCUUUAAUGCAAUUAAAAAUAAUUUUGCUUUACAUUCAUAUAUGCAGACUUCUGGAUUAAAGACAUAGUUUUAGUAAUAAAGGAACAAAACUAGGGUUAGAGGUUUUUAUUCUAGAUGUAAUGUUUUUUAGAUGGCAAAUUCUGCUUUUAUUGUUAAUACUAUUUUUAUCAACUAAAAUUUUUCACACCUUUUAAUAUAUAAGUUAAUUCUACAUUAAUCGGUGUUUCUUCUUGUUGUGGUUCUUAAUAUGGAGAGGAAAGCUGAAAUUUACCUAGCGUCAAGAAAAUGAAGCAUUUGAAGGUACUAUUGUAGAAGAUUUGUAAUCAGUACCUCAGCUUAAAAAAGCUAGUGAUAAGCAGAUAACAGUUUUUGACAGUUGGAGAAUAUAUUUAUCUGACAAGUAUGAAUUAAUAAAUAGUUAUUUUAAAUUUCAUGUACAGUUUAGUAUCGCUUGAUAGGUGCACAUAUACUUUUGCAGUGAGCACUGUACCUUGUAUUCACUCUGCUGUGCAUAAAUAAAAUACAUAAAUCGGA